AUGGUCUUAUCAGAGCUGGGGUCAAAGCUACAGGGUGCGCUGGCCAAGCUAAACCGCACGAUUGUGGUAGAUGAUGAAGUGUUUAAUGUAUUGCUAAAGGAAAUAUGCGGUGCGCUGCUUGAGUCGGACGUACAGGUGAAGCUUGUACGCCAGCUGCGGGACAAUGUCAAACUCGCCGUUAAACUUGAGGAUACGAGCUCUGGUAUUAAUCGCCGCCGUCUAAUUCAAAAGGCGGUAGUAGAUCAGCUAGUUCAGAUGCUGGAACCAGAAGCGCCACCUUAUAAGAUGAAAAAGGGCCAGAGCAAUGUCAUUAUGUUUGUGGGUCUUCAAGGAAGUGGCAAAACCACGAGCAUUGCAAAGCUUGCACACUAUUACCAGCGCAAAGGCUGGAAGACUUGCAUGGUCUGUGCCGAUACAUUCCGAGCUGGUGCUUUUGAUCAGUUGAAACAGAAUUCUACCAAGUUACGCAUUCCAUUUUACGGUAGCUACACUGAGGCGGACCCAGUUCGUAUUGCUGAAGAGGGUGUGGCCCAAUUUAGAGCUGAAAAUUACGAGCUGAUUCUUGUAGAUACCAGUGGUCGUCACAAACAGGAAACAGACCUGUUUGCUGAAAUGCGAGAGGUCUCAGCGGCCGUGCAGCCCGACGAUGUCGUGUUCGUGAUGGACUCGACAAUCGGUCAGGCCGUGUACGAUCAGGCUAGAGCCUUCCGUGAUACGGUGAAUGUCGGUAGUGUCAUUAUUACCAAAUUGGAUGGGCACGCUAAAGGUGGAGGUGCUCUAAGUGCCGUCGCUGCAACAGGCUCGCCCAUUAUCUUUUACGGUACAGGAGAACAUUUUGCCGACUUUGAGGCGUUUAAUGCCGAGAGCUUUGUCAGCAGACUCAUGGGUAUGGGUGACAUUCGUGGACUUAUGGAGGAAGUUAAAACUAGUGGGAUGUUUGACAAUGAGGAGGAGAUUGUCGAGAAGUUCCAAAAGGGCGUAUUUACACUGCGUGACAUGUACAAGCAAUUCCAAAGCGUCAUGAAAAUGGGACCUCUUGGCAAAGUUAUGUCCAUGAUCCCUGGCCUUCCACAAGGUCUUAGCGACAUGAUGAAUUCUGGUGGUGGUGAAGAGGAGGCAUCCAAGCGACUUCGACGCUUUCUAUUUAUGAUGGACAGUAUGACGGACGCCGAGCUUGAUGGUCUCGUACCGCUGUCGGAUUCGCGCAAAGCGCGAGUUGCUCGUGGAUCAGGCUGUCAGCUUGUGGAGGUUGAUUUCCUCCUUAAAUGCCACAAACAGUUUGCAAAUGUCGUCAGCCGCGUGGGAAAAAGUGGUCUUAUGAAGUCAGGCGACGCAGCGUUUGGCAAGCAAAUGGCUCGUAAUCCGAAUGCAGUUAUGCAGCAGCUGUCAAAGGUCAUGGAUCCAAAAUUGAUGGCGCAAAUUGGCGGACCGCAGACUAUGAUGCAAGUGCUGAAGCAAAUGCAAGGAAUGGACAAUAAUGCACUAGGUGACAUGGCUAAGAUGGCGCAGGGAAUGGGCAUGAAGAUGCCCUUUUAG